AUGGCUACUGUUCCAACUAUUCGAAUUGGCUAUGUGCCCGCACUAUCUCACGCCCCUCCACCUGGCGCUCCGCUCUCCUUCUGUCGCCUCUCUUCCAUUCAAGCUCGCCUUGACCCCAUUCCCCCCGGCACAGGACAUAUGAUCACAUCUCUGCGCAGCAAUGAAAUCGACCUCUGCAUCGGUCUCACCGAAGGCUGGGUCGCCGGCCUAACAGGCAAGACCCAGCCCCAGAACCUAGCCGAGGGCGGAUACAAGGUCAUCGGCCACUGGGUCGACAACCCGCUCCGCUGGGCAAUCGUCACAGGCCGCAACCGCGACCAAAUCAACGGAGUAACAGACCUGCAGAACAAGCGAGUUGGCCAGCAAAAGUGGGCAUCAGACUCGCUGGAAACCGUGCCCCUAGGCCCCUUCGGACCCCUACGCGCCGGCGUAACCGGCAUCGACAAGGAAAACCCCGAUCAAGCACCCAAACCAGCAGCCGAGUUCUUCAUGUGGGAGCAUUUCACCACGAAGCCGUACUUCCACCCAACGAUCGAAACCCCACACCCGCCUCUGAAGAAUAUCGGCGAGAUCUUCACUCCCUGGCCAUCGUGGAUGAUCGUUGCGUCCACAGCGCUGUUCCCGAACCCGGAGCAGGAUGAGCGUCUUGCGGCGCUUUUCCAGGCCUUUGAUCAGGGUAUCAGGGACUUUGAGGCUGAUACUAAUAAGGUUAUUAGGCUUCUGGGGACUGGCGAGCUUGGCUGCAAUUACAUCGAGGAGGAUGCUACUGAGUGGCUCAAGGAUGUCAAGUUUACGGAUGCUACCCGUGGUGUGGACCGCGGGGUUAUUGAGAAUGUCGUUGAUAUCCUCAAGGUUGCUGGUGUUAUUGAUACGGCCAUGGAGAACGAGGAGGCUGUUCAGAGAGUUAUUGGUAUCUCCCGGUAG